GUGGAACUGUAUUACAUUUAAAUACUUAUCUAGGUUCAAAAAUAAUAUUUAAAUAUAAUUUUGACUGCCAAUGAAGAGAACUUCUUAAGUGAAGAACUCAUUUCUGACUUUGACAGUUGAUAAAUUUGAUGCCAGUGUUAGCAAAUAUAUAUCCCUAUAUGGGAAACUUGUUAUAUUCAAUUUAAGAGUUGGUAAUAUUCCCUAAAGUGACUUUUGACUCUGAAUGUUUGGGAUUUGUUGUUUUUAUUUCCUUAGGUGGUGUUUUUUUUUGGUAAGAGACUGGUUCUAAUUUCAGGUUGUUGGAGAUUUGUUUUCCUUCCUCUAGAUAUUUGUAACAAGUGAAGUGAGAGUCUCUGUCAUUUUCAACAGGUGUUGCUUUCAUUUGAGGCAGUGAUAGGGCCUAUACUAGCUUAAUAUUCUCGUCUUCCAAAGCAACAUUCCUUACUUUGUGAUAUAAUCAAGUUGCAACUGUGAACAAACUUCUUAUUGCCCCCACCUUUCAUAUUGUAUUCCUCUACAUAGCCUUUACCAUCUUCUGACAACCCAAACAUUUUAUUUGUCUGUCUUAUUUUCCUGCACUAGAAUUUAAGCUCUAUGAAGGAAGGGAUUUUUGUCUGUUUUAUUCAUUACUGUACAGUACCUAGUAUAUAGUAGGAGCUCAAUAAAUGUUUAUUAAAUGGCUAAAUAGAUAAAAUUGGCUUUGGGAAUUCCUCCAAUGUAUUGACUAAAAAAGUUUUGUUAUUUUAACAUAGGAAGUAAAAUCCUAAGGAAAUGUAUAGUUUGGAAGAGUAGAGUUUAUCUGUACACUUUGUUCUCUGAAUUUUGCGUUUUUCUUUGAGCAGCCUUGAAUUUACUUUAUUUUUAUUUUAUUCAAUACAAAUAAAAGCCACCGUACAUAGAAGAUGAUUGUGUGUUGGCCUGACUAAAACCCAAGAAAAGUGUGUUAAUUGUAACAAAAUCUAAAAGAAGCAAGCAUUAAAGUCAUGGCCCCUAGGCAUUAAAAACUGAGGCCAAAAUAAUAACAUCUGGUACAGGGGCAUUACCCUUUAAAAACACUUCAGUUGUUUUUCUUGUAUGCUGAUAUUGACCCUGAAAAUUGGUCAAAUCAAAUUUCUAAUGCUAAUUUGGGGUUGUUAUCAGUUUUCACUAUGUAUAAGAAAUUGAGUUUGGAAUGUGUUUUAAGCCUGAAUUAAAAGAACUUAGUCACUGGUGACUCAUGGUGAAAUACCUUUCCUUUUCCCUGCUGGAACAUAUGCCAUUACCUCUAACAUGACCUUUCUGAAACAUUGAAAAUGUGAAGAACUCUACUUUUUUUGUACUAGGGUAUGGAAUUUUUUGUUUGUUUGUUUUUUAAGAUUUAAGGUGAUGACCUUGAUACCAGUGCUUUUCAGUAGUGAGCAGUUUAUCUGACUUUCCAGGUUUCCAUACAAAUUUCUUUAGUCUCUGCUUCUAUGAAAGUUUUCUAAUUAUAUGUGAAAUCCUCAAAAGCCCACUAAACAGUAAAUGAAUGACUACAGGGACUUUGUCUUUUUUGUUCAUUACUGUAUUCCCAGUGCCUAGGAUAAUGCUUUUACAGCAAAGGCAAUUAACAAGUAUUUGUUGGGGGAACUCACACAUGUGUUAAUAAUAAUGUGUCUAAGAAAAAUAAUGAAAGUUUGUUGAAAAACAUUUUCUCCAGCCCUAGUGAAUUAGAUAAUCCUCAAUUCACAAUCAACCUAGUUUGGGAGGCUCUCUGUAUCAGCGCAAGGUAGUUCUGCCCUGAAGUUCCUAGCAUUGAUUUUGCUGACCCUAAAUCUCUUUUAGUAGUCCGCUUACAAAAGGAAGGGUAAAUUGGCAACACCCAUAGGCACUUGCACCUGUGGGAACCAAUGGGCGUUGUAACAGGAAAUGCUUCAGCUUGCAAUACCGAUAGCAAUGUGCAGCUCCCAGGUCACGCCGUUUUUGUCUGCAGUUCCUUCUUAGGAUUGUACAAGGUUUCUUGAAGAAUUUUUUAAAAUGUAAGUGUAAAAAGAGAAUUGACUUUACGUUUGGAAAUUCAAAUUUGACUGGUUAUUUGCCUUUUCUUCAUUAUCCAGGAAUUGAAAAUUUGCUCCCACUUUUACAGCACAACUCAGGAAAGCUACAUGGCAAAGUGUUGAGUUCUGAAUUCGCUUUCCGGUGUACUAUAAAUACAAAAGACUGAAGUUUUAAAAGAGGGAAAACAGAUUGCUGCUAAAAUGAAGCUGCACAAUGCAGUAUAUUUUUUGCCACACACAAAAAGGUGCUGAAGAUUUGCCAAAAAACAUUUGUCAAUGACAGAUAAAACUGACUGGGAUAUCAAAAAGCAAAGUGCUUGCAAUACUGGUCAUCAUGCGUAAAGGGGUGCUGAAGGACCCAGAGAUUGCUGAUCUAUUCUACAAAGAUGAUCCUGAAGACCUUUUCAUUGGUUUGCAUGAAAUUGGACAUGGAAGUUUUGGAGCAGUUUAUUUUGCCACAAAUGCUCAUACCAAUGAAGUGGUGGCAAUUAAGAAAAUGUCCUAUAGUGGGAAGCAAACACAUGAGAAAUGGCAAGAUAUUCUUAAGGAAGUCAAAUUUUUACGACAAUUGAAGCAUCCUAAUACCAUUGAGUACAAAGGUUGCUACUUGAAAGAGCAUACUGCUUGGUUGGUGAUGGAAUAUUGCUUAGGCUCUGCUUCUGAUUUGUUGGAAGUUCAUAAGAAACCACUUCAGGAAGUGGAGAUUGCAGCCAUUACUCACGGAGCCUUGCAUGGGCUAGCCUACCUGCAUUCCCAUGCGUUAAUUCAUAGGGAUAUUAAAGCAGGAAAUAUUCUUCUAACUGAGCCAGGUCAGGUGAAACUAGCUGAUUUUGGAUCUGCCUCAAUGGCUUCUCCUGCCAACUCCUUUGUGGGCACACCUUACUGGAUGGCUCCAGAAGUGAUCUUAGCUAUGGAUGAAGGACAGUAUGAUGGGAAAGUUGAUGUUUGGUCACUUGGGAUCACCUGUAUUGAAUUAGCGGAACGGAAGCCCCCCCUUUUCAACAUGAAUGCAAUGAGUGCCUUAUAUCACAUUGCCCAGAAUGACUCCCCGAUGUUACAGUCUAAUGAAUGGACAGAUUCCUUCAGGAGAUUUGUUGAUUACUGCUUGCAGAAAAUACCUCAGGAAAGGCCAACGUCAGUGGAACUAUUACGGCAUGACUUUGUUCGACGAGAACGACCACUACGUGUCCUAAUUGACCUCAUACAGAGAACUAAAGAUGCUGUUCGCGAGCUUGAUAACCUACAGUACAGAAAAAUGAAAAAAAUCCUUUUCCAAGAGAAACGAAAUGGACCCUUGAAUGAGUCACAAGAGGAUGAAGAAGACAGUGAACAUGGAACCAGCCUGAGCAGAGAAAUGGACAGCCUGGGCAGCAAUCACUCCAUCCCAAGCAUGUCUGUGAGCACAGGCAGCCAGAGCAGCAGUGUGAACAGCAUGCAGGAGGUCAUGGACGAGAGCAGCUCUGAACUCGUCAUGAUGCAUGAUGAUGAAAGCACAAUCAAUUCCAGUCCCUCUGUUGUGCACAAGAAGGAUCAUGUAUUCAUAAGGGAUGAGGCGGGCCACGGCGAUCCCAGGCCUGAGCCGCGGCCUACCCAGUCAGUUCAGAGCCAGGCCCUCCACUACCGGAACAGAGAGCGCUUUGCCACGAUCAAAUCAGCAUCUUUGGUUACACGCCAGAUCCAUGAGCAUGAGCAGGAGAACGAGUUGCGGGAACAGAUGUCAGGUUAUAAGCGGAUGCGGCGCCAGCACCAGAAGCAGCUGAUCGCCCUGGAGAACAAGCUGAAGGCUGAGAUGGACGAGCACCGCCUCAAGCUACAGAAGGAGGUGGAGACGCAUGCCAACAACUCGUCCAUCGAGCUGGAGAAGCUGGCCAAGAAGCAAGUGGCUAUCAUAGAAAAGGAGGCAAAGGUAGCUGCAGCAGAUGAGAAGAAAUUCCAACAACAAAUCUUGGCCCAGCAGAAGAGAGAUUUGACAACUUUCUUAGAAAGUCAGAAGAAGCAGUAUAAGAUUUGUAAGGAAAAAAUAAAAGAGGAGAUGAAUGAGGACCAUAGCACACCCAAGAAAGAAAAGCAAGAGCGGAUAUCCAAGCAUAAAGAGAAUUUGCAGCACACACAGGCUGAAGAGGAAGCCCACCUUCUCACUCAACAGAGACUGUACUACGACAAACACUGUCGUUUCUUCAAGCGGAAAAUAAUGAUCAAGCGGCAUGAGGUGGAGCAGCAGAAUAUUCGGGAGGAACUAAAUAAAAAGAGGACCCAAAAGGAGAUGGAGCAUGCUAUGCUGAUCCGGCACGACGAGUCCACCCGUGAGCUAGAGUACAGGCAGCUGCACACAUUACAGAAGCUACGCAUGGAUCUGAUCCGUCUACAGCACCAGACAGAACUGGAAAACCAGCUGGAGUACAACAAGAGGCGAGAAAGGGAACUGCACAGAAAGCAUGUCAUGGAACUCCGGCAACAGCCAAAAAAUUUAAAGGCCAUGGAAAUGCAAAUUAAAAAACAGUUUCAGGACACUUGCAAAGUACAGACCAAACAGUAUAAAGCACUCAAGAAUCAUCAGUUGGAAGUUACUCCAAAGAAUGAGCACAAAACAAUCUUAAAGACACUGAAAGAUGAGCAGACAAGAAAACUUGCCAUUUUGGCAGAGCAGUAUGAACAGAGUAUAAAUGAAAUGAUGGCCUCUCAAGCGUUACGGCUAGAUGAGGCUCAAGAAGCAGAAUGCCAGGCCUUGAGGCUACAGCUCCAGCAGGAAAUGGAGCUGCUCAAUGCCUAUCAGAGCAAAAUCAAGAUGCAAACAGAGGCACAACAUGAACGUGAGCUCCAGAAGCUAGAGCAGAGGGUGUCUCUGCGGAGAGCACAUCUUGAGCAGAAGAUUGAAGAGGAGCUAGCUGCCCUUCAGAAGGAACGCAGCGAGAGAAUAAAGCACCUACUGGAAAGGCAGGAGCGAGAGAUUGAAACUUUUGACAUGGAGAGCCUCAGAAUGGGAUUUGGGAAUUUGGUUACAUUAGAUUUUCCUAAGGAGGACUAUAGAUGAGAUUAAAUUUUUUGCUAUUUACAAAAAAAAGAAAAAAGAAAAAAUUCAGACCCUGCAAAACCACAUUCCCCAUUUAAACGGGCGUUGCUCUCGCUCUCUCUCUCUCUUACUCUUACUGACAUCGUGUCGGACUAGUGCCUGUUUAUUCUUACUCCAUCAGGGGCCCCCUUCCUCCCCCCGUGUCAACUUUCAGUGCUGGCUGAACCCAGCCACCUCUUCUAUCCAUAGUACACGUCACAGUAUUGAUGUGAUUCAAAAUGUUUCAGUGAAAACUUUGGAGACAGUUUUAACAAAACCAAUAAACCAACAGUAACAAAAAAAAAGUGGAUGUAUAUUGCUUUAAGCAAUCACUGUUACCACCAAUCUGUGAAAGUAAAGCAAAAAAUAAUAAUAAUAAUAAUAAUAAAUGCCAAGGGGGAGAGAGACACAAUAUCCGCAGCCUUACACCUUAACUAGCUGCUGCAUUAUUUUAUUUUAUUUUAUUUUUUUGGUAUUUAUUCAUCAGGAAUUAAAAAAAAAAAAAAACAAAGUUUUAUUAAAGAUUGAAAAUUUGAUACAUUUUACAGAAACUAAUU